UCAUUAUAAAAAGUAAAAACAAUGAUUUCAUUAGCAGGAAGCAUUUUCCACAGUCUUCAAAAACAUAUACGUACGUCAAAAGGACCAAAACAAGAAGAAUUAAAGAAACAGUCAGUCAAGUCUUGGAGAAAUCUAGCAAAGGAACGAAACCGGAGCAAAGUCUGCAAAGAGAGUACCUUAUGUGCCAUACACGACAUAGCGGCUGUCGGAAACAAAACGCUUUUCGGCACCUUCUAUUUCAGAAACACCGUGAAACACUUCAAGCCGAGUGGAACUGUACUUGGUCAGCUGUCGAUCCCGUGGAUCGCUCGCGGCGUCACGACCAUCAACGAAACACACGUCAUCGUUGGACUACCCACAGAAAGCAAAGCUAUAGUUCUUGAUCUGCGCUACCCUAUGCGGAUUGUAUCCGACAUCUACUUCGAAAAGGGCUGUGGUGUGGAUAUCGUAAAAGUGGAGGACUUCUACGUCGUGGGUUGUGAAGGUUCGCCGAAUCUGAAAUUUUACGAUUCUGACUGGAAUUUCCUGACGGACGCGUCCACCGACAGAGGGAAUCGCAGUCGAUACGACAAGUUCCAUUGGAUCGCGUACAAUCGGGUAUCGCGUUUGUUGCACGUUUCUGACGGGCACAUGCUGGUGAUAAAUCUACAAAAAGAUACGGUUUUUACUAAAGGUGGUUACUGGUUGCCACUGGAUCGUCCACUGGGCGUGGCCGUUGAUUCUGAAGGGAACUGGUACACGGCUGGCCUCUCAAACAAAAUUUUGACGUAUUAUUUCUCAUCGUCAAGACAGAUGGGGUAUUUCAUAGAAAACAUUGGAGGCUGGUUCCCCGCCGAUAGAACGCUCGGUGUACCGAACUACAGGAAAUACGUCGACACUCCCGUUGCCAAAUUUUCCGUUGACGGCACCUUUCAAGGUCAAAUUACAAACAUUCAAGGGUCGCGUAGCUUAGCUCCCCUUACCAGCGAGAAACUUGUUAUAGCCAACGAAUACGGCGAGAUUCAGUUUUACUCCUUUCAGAAGAGAAAACGAAAUAAUUAAUGUAACUUAUAGUCCUUCCCACAUAACGACUUUUUCCAUACUAUAGACUUUACUACAACUUAUUUAUUUCUGAGCAGAUAUAUUUCUAAAUUGCACACAAAAAAUAGUAUUUGUUUUUGUUGUUUCUAAAACACUUACUUUUUUUCUUACGUAAAACCAACCU